AUGUCCGAGGCUUAUUUCCCGGUAGAGUCGGGUGCGCUGGGGCCGGAGGAGAACUUUCUUUCUCUGGACGACAUCUUGAUGUCCCAUGAGAAGCUGCCGGUGCGCACGGAGAUUCCCAUACCUCGCCUCGGCGCUUUCUUCCCGGACCGGAGUGGAAGUGCGGAGAACGACAGCACGAUCCUUCCAGGCACGAAGCUUGAAAUUCCCUUGUGGCUGGCAAAAGGACUUUUUGACAGAAAGCGGCGGAUCCUAUCUGUGGAACUCCCCAAGAUCUAUCAGGAGGGUUGGAGGACUAUAUUCAGUGCAGAUGCCAACGUGGUGGACCUCCAUAAGAUGGGGCCGCAUUUCUACGGCUUUGGCUCCCAACUCUUGUAUUUUGACAGUCCAGAGAAUACAGACAUUUCCCAGUCUCUCCUUCAGACAUUUGUUGGCCGUUUUCGCCGCAUCAUGGACUCAUCUCAGAAUGCUUACAACGAAGACACAUCAGCACUAGUGGCCAGGCUUGAUGAAAUGGAGAGGGGCUUAUUUCAAACAGGCCAGAAAGGGCUGAACGACUUUCAGUGCUGGGAGAAGGGGCAGGCUUCUCAGAUCACGGCUUCCAGUCUUGUGCAGAAUUUCAAGAAGAGAAAGUUCACUGACAUGGACGCCUGA